UUAUCCUUUAAUAAAAAAAUAAUAAAUUUCCAGUAAUUUUUAAAAUUUUAAUAGUAUUAUCAAUAGAUCUCAUCAUUUAAAUCUCAACUUAUUAUUAAAUGAUUUAAAAAAUUAUAGUCAAAAAAAUUAAAUAUUUUUUUCAACUAUUAUUAUUAUUUAAUAUAACAAAGUGAAAGUAAAUGUAGAAAUAAUUGUUAUAUUAUUGUUAUUUAAAAAAAAUUAUUUUUUUUUAAACUAAAUCAAUGAAAUUAUAAGUUAUAUAAUAAUUUAUAAUAAUAAUAAUGAAGUGGAUAACAAUUUUAUUAAUAUUUGUAACGCUAUUUGUCUACAUAUUAUGUGCACCUCAAAGAUCCCGUUCCCGUGUCGACUAUAGCGAUGAUGAUAAGGAUAAUGAUGAUGAAGGACAGGGAGAUAAUGAUAAAAAAGAUGACAAACCAGAGGACAAAUCUAACAAAUGUGACAAUAGUUCGCCGUUUCCUAAACCGAAACCUAAAUCCAAACCUAAGUCGACGCCCAGUAAACCAAAUAAAAAUAAUAAAAUGAAAGACCAGUCGACUCCUGAACCCGGAGAUGAUGCAGAGGACAGGCCUACUGAUAGGCCAUCGCCAGAUGAUAACGACGACAACAAUAAACAACCGGAUGAACAACCAGAUGAUGGAAAGCCUACUAAUGAUGAUGAGGACAGUCCUACUAAUGAUGAGGACAGUCCUAUUAGUAAUGAGAGCGACAACGACAACAGUGAGGAGGACUGGCCGGACGAUAACCAGGAGACACCUGAGCCCGAGUUAGAACAGCCGGCAAAACCGCGACCACAAAAACCGGAGUCACCGAAGGACAAGAAGAAACCGAAACCUAAACAACCGAAGUCACCGAAGAAGAAGAAUACUGACGACGACAAAGAGGAUGAGGAGGACAAGGAUAAGGACGAGUCGUCGACACCUAAACCUAAAAGUAAGCCCAAAUCAUCGCCAAAACCAGGAAAACCAGCUAAAAAUGAUGACAAUAAACCAGAAGAUGACGACAAUAAGCCAGAAGAUGACGACAAUAAGCCAGAAGAUGACGACAACAAACCAGAAGAUGACGAUAAACCAGAAGAAGAUGAGCCGUCGUCGUCGCCAAAACCGAAACCUAAACCAAAACUGAAUCCUCGAUCGCAGACUAAACCGAAACCGAAAGCCAAACCUAAGCCAAAACCAAGCGAUGACAAACAAUAAACCARAAGAUGACGACAACAAACCAGAAGAUGAUAACAACAAUAAACCAGAAGAUGAUAGCAACAAAC